CGCCUUCUGUUCUGCUCCUCCAUCAUCGUUGGCUGGGUGAGACACCUCCAGAGACACGCAUCGGCCAGGGAGAACUGCGCCCGGCGGAGAGGCUUACCACCAGGGCCACGUCAGCACCCUGUGCGUUGCCCGUCGCUGCCACGCACCCUCUGCGACUGCGUGCCGUAUACUGUCCCCGAUCCACGCCCGUCCGCCGACCGAUACGAGCCCCAAGGCCACCCCCGAUUACUUAUCGACGAUCCGAUGUGUGUCGCGUUCUGGACGCUCGACGACCCCGCGUACGCCCUAAUCCUCGCGGCGAACCGGGACGAGUUCCUCGCGCGCCCGGCCCUCCCCGCCGCGCUCCACACCGCCUUCUCCCCCUCCCCUUCCGCCUCUUCUUCUUCUUCUAGUCCUCCCAUCCCGGUUAUCUCCGGCAUCGACGUGCAAGCCGGCGGCACCUGGCUCGGGCUCGCCCCCUCCACCGGCCGCCUCGCGCUCCUCACCAACAUCACCGAGCCGCCGCCCGCCCCGCCGCCGCCCGCCUCCCGCGGCGCCCUCGCCGCGCACUGGCUCGCCGCGCCCGGGCCGGACGCCGCGCUGGACGUAGGCAAGGUGUACCCGCCCGGCGGGGCGUACGCGGGGUUCAACCUCCUCGUCGUGCAGGCCCGCCGCGGCGAGGCGGGGGAGGGCGCCGGGGUGCACGUGCCAGCGGGGGCGGCGCACCUCGUGUCGAACGGCGGCGCGCAUGGCCGCGUGGCGAGCCGGGCGCUGCGCGCGGACGAGCACGCGCUCGGCGCGAUGUCGAACGGGAUCCACGUCGCCGGCGGCGAGGGCGGGCCGGCGCCCGCGGGGGAGUGCUGGCCGAAGGUCGUCGCGGGCCGCGCGCUGUUCCGCGCCGCGCUCGCCGACGUCGCGCGCGGUGACGGGGAACAAGGGGAUAUGCAGCUGGCGGAGGCGCUGUUUGGCGUGCUGCGGGCGCCGCCGGGCGCCGCCGCCGCGGCGGCGGGAGGAGCUCCGGAACGCGGUGUGCGUGCCGCCGCUGCCGGUCGGGCCCGGCGGGUGGUACGGGACGCGGACGGCGACGGUGGUGCUGGUAAGGCGCGACGGGCGCGGCGUGCUGGUGGAGCGCGAUGUGUGGGGCGUGGACGAGGCGGGGGGGCUGAGGGAGGGGAGCAAGGCGGGGCAGAGGGUGCUUAA